AUUAAACUAAAUCAAAAAGUACCAAGUAUGCAUUGGAACGGCAAACACCGUGUACUAAAUACAAUGAGUGGGGAAAGCCAAAGAUCCUUCUCUUCCAAAAACUCUAUUAUGAAAAUUAACGUACCAAGAGGUCAUUCUGGCUUGAGAUCUGGCAAUUUCAUUGCUAGUAAAAUCAAGACAAAAGGGACCUGAGAAGAGAAUAACAUCCAAAAUAAUGAUAAUCACACAAAUAUGUAUGAACCGCCUUCCACUACUUCCAUAAAUAUUGAUGGGUUUAAUAAUGCGAGUAAUAAGUACAAGGAGGAUCUGAAGCAACACAACACUUUCUCAACGACUUCCUUGAAUAAAUAAGAGCAAAGCUAAGAACACAUGAGUGAGAGGGACAAUGCUGAAAAAUAAUCCGCUCAAUGUAAUCAGGAACAAUCCUAGUACUUCAGAUAUGUUUCAUUGAAAUCAGCCAAUGAGUCAUGGAGAUCCUCCAAGUUCUGACAGCCAAAGAAAUUCAAAUAGAAUGAAUUAUAAGUCCUCAAAGAACGACAAUCUGAUUGCAAAAUCAACAAAUUUGAGCAAAAACAGGAGCAAUAGUGGAAUUCGAAAUACUGCCUAUUUAAAAAGCCAUCAACUUUACCUCCAUUCUAAUAAUCAAGCUAAACUUCAAAAUUAUCAUAGCUCGAUGCAAAUUUCAAGUAAUUAGAGGAAAUAAUUCUAACAAGAGAUUUUACCAAGGCAGGAAGAUGUCAGUAAAGAAUAUAUCAGUAAACCAGAUGAAAGGAGUCAGUAACUCUGAAAGAGAAGACACUCACCCUCUUGCAGAGCGCUCUCAAAAUUACUCCAGCUUCCACACCAGCAAAGGUGCUCCGUUCAGACAAAGUUACACUGGAAGUUCGAGCAUGAGCAGGCGCCAAAAAGCAAGCGGCAAAGAAAAUGUGUCUCUGAACGCUAUCAAGAUUGCCAGGAAAGACAUCAGAGGCAUCGCUUCAAGGUGCAACCUCUCCAAGUCUAGAAGCAACCGCAGCGGCUCCCUCAGUCAGAGCAAGUCAAUCUCCAGGAGGAAAGUCAAAAGGUCCAGUGACAAAUAAAGCAGCUCGAUUUAGCGAAAACAUCAAGGGGCUUAGCCAGAUGAAACAAGACGUAGAAAUGGAGGAUGAACAGCCCUAUGAGAUAUCCGAUAAAAUUUUCAACCACGGACUCUCUGUUCGCAAUGAAGAAGCUGAACCAGACGAAGAAAUGGAAGAUGUCGAAGCUCCAAAGCCUCCGAGCAAGCAAGAAUUCAAAGUCGAGAAACCUAUGACUGAUGAAGAAAAACUUGAGUACUUCCACUCCUUCGUAGUCAAAGCAUCCAAGAAGGAUAUGAUCGAAGAAGACUUGAAGACCUCCGAUGAUCCUCUGGAGUGCUCCGAAUACGUGGUUGAAAUCUUCCAACACAUGAAGAGAACUGAGCUUGAGUUCAUUGCAAGGCCAGGCUACAUGAAGAACCAGAGCGACAUCAACGAGAAAAUGAGAGCCAUUCUGAUUGACUGGCUGAUCGAAGUCCAUUUGAAAUUCAAGCUCUACCCAGAGACACUCUACCUCACAGUAAAUUUAAUUGACAGGUAUCUCGAAAAAGAAGAAGUCAUGAGGCAGCAUCUCCAACUCGUCGGAGUCACAGCCAUGUUGAUUGCGUCGAAGUACGAGGAGAUCUACGCACCAGAAGUCAGGGACUUCGUGUACAUCACUGAUAAAGCCUACACCAAAGAAGAAAUUUUGAAAAUGGAGUAUAAAAUUCUUACUACUCUAAAUUUCAAUACAACUACUUCUUCAAGUUACCGCUUUCUCGAGCGGAUCUACAAAUUGUGAGAAAAUGCAGAUGACAAAGUGUUCACGCUCAGCAGGUACUUUCUGGAGCUUUCUCUGGUAGAGUACCGGAUGCUCAAGCACUACCCGUCCAUGCUGGCCUCUGCUGCUCUGUUUUUGUCGAUGAAAAUCCUGAAGAAGGAGUUCUCUCCCUGGACGGACAAACUCAAAACGGCGACUCAGUUCUCGGAGCAGCAAAUUCGGCAGUGCGCGAAGGAUCUAUGCGUACUUCUGAAAAACAUGGAGACGUGUUCGCUGAAGGCAGUGAAGAAGAAGUUCUCUGAAGUGUCUAAUAUAAAGCUUCGCUAGCCCACUCACCAUAAUUAUGAUUUAUCAGAAUUAUUAUCAUC